AUGAACAUUCGUGCUAUGCAGAUCUUGGGCUUCCUCCAGACUGUCCUGGGCUGGAUCUUCAUUGCCUGUUCAUUAGCCAUGGAGGGCUGGAAGGUGGCCACUACUGGUGGCCAGGGCGGCAGUGCUGUUGUGAUUGUGGGGUGGUACUGGUCCAGCCUGUGGAGGGUCUGCUCUACCUUCUCCAACAAUGUCUCUACCUGCCAUGACUUCCCUGUCCUCUGGUCUGUGGAGUAUAAUCUCCAGAUUGUAAGGGGACUGCUAAUGAGUGGACUAGCCAUUGGAAAGCUGGGGUUUAUUCUGAGCAUGGUGGGGAUGGAAUGCACUUACAUAGGAGGCAAAAAGAAGAACAAGAACAGAACCGUCUUUGCCGGCGGUCUCUGUCACAUCACGAGUGGUUUGUUGGCUGCAGCAGGCUACAUUAUGUAUGCUUGGCAUGUCUCUGCAGAAUACUUCAAUCCAAGUUCCGAACUGAAGUUCGAUUUGGGCACACCGCUGUUCCUUGGAUGGGUUGGAUGUUUAUUUCAAAUCACUGGAGGUCUCUUCUACUUGGUUUAUUUUAAUAAACCCUGGCCAGGGAACAACAACAGCACCCAAGAUUCAGUGAUUUCUGCUGAAGAAGGUUCAGCCAUGCAUCCCAAUCCUACAAAUCGCUCCACUAUCUCUGAUCUUACCACCAGGUCCAGAGUGUCCACUGUGUCUGAUCUCUCCAUAAAGAAAUCUUCCAGUCUGUCCAAAAUCUCACAUGAGACCCAAUGCCUUUCUAAACCUAACACUCCUCAAGAUCAGAACUCAGUGAGAUAAAAGGGCUGUGUUUAGUCAUGAGCAUUCUUCCCUUCCUCAACCUUCCUCUAGGUCCAGCUGAUGAGGGGAGCAGAGCAUAACAUCUCCAAAAUCCAUUAAUUAGUAGCUCAUCUGAAACAAUCUCAAAAGGAACUUUUACAUGAAUGUUUACAUUCUCCGAUGCAGCAUAUGCCAGCUCUUCACUGUCAUCUGGUUUCUUAGAUUUUUGUUUUG